AUGGCUACAAACGUUUAUUAUCAAGCUGUGAUCUUCCUCUUUUGCUGCGUGAUGCUGUCCGCUGCCUUACAAGUGGAAGUAAAAAGUUUGAAAUAUUGCGGUAAAACAUUUCUCCUUACUUAAUGAAUUAUUAGUUAUUUUUUUUGAGGGUAUUCCUAUUUUUUCUUGUGUAAAAUAUCAUCAAUUGAUAGGGAAUGAUCUAGGAUGUCAAUUUUUUUUGUCCCUUUGAAGUCCAGGAUAAGUCCAGAAAGAAACUGGGUGCUGUUUGGAGACUAUAGGGGCCAGGGGAUGGUUUUCUUUAUGGCUGUAGAGCUGUAGAUAGACCAGCAUGGUGUGCAUUGAAUACCAUCGUUGUAUUCCAGGUCCUCCGGAUAAAACCCUAAAGUACAAGGUUUCUCCAUGGCCGGUGAUGAAAGAUGCUGAUUCUGUCAAUGUCACGGUUACGUUCACCCCUGGUAAAUCGUUGUGUUACUUUUAA